UACUCAAGUGCCACUAAACUGAUGUAUGUAGUUAUCCCUAUAGCGGACGAAAAGGAAUGUAAUGCAAUGUAUCCGCAUCGUCUGGCGGACAGCCAGCUUUGUAUUGGAUUUACAGAAGGAGGGAAGGACUCGUGCGGGGGAGAUUCUGGUGGGCCAGCGUCCAUGUCCAUGAAGGUGGAUGGAGAAAGAAGGCAUUACUUAGUAGCACUUGUCUCGUACGGACUGACAAUGUGUGGAAAGGGUGUAGCUGUUUAUACGGACGUCUCAUACUUUGUCACAUGGAUCCUAGAGAACAUAGAUAAAAGUUAAUGUCAAUAAUUUUAAGGAGUAUAUUUUCUUCAUGUUUCUAAAAUCAAGUAAAACAA